CAACCGCGCGGCGUUUUCGAAAUUGGGCCGUUGUUACAGGUUCAAAAGGUCAUGUUUAGAUUUCUAGUGGCACUUGCAGAGUCUUUUUAAACAGGACUGUGUUAUCGCUGGCUUACUUCAACGUUUUCCAUUAAUUAGAGUAAUUUCGUUUCGCACAAUUAUCGAACGGUCGCCGAUCUUGUUAUUCUCUUCAGCUGUCUUGACACAGUAAACACUAUAAUCUCCCACAACACUCAAUAUAAUUUCAGGAUAAAUGAAAAGCACUACAACAUAUUGGUCUCAUGUUUGUUUCUUAUGUGAAUGGUGAAAAGUCUUAAAGGAGACAAUGAUAUUGUUGACAGAUAUUAUGAAGACCCAGCACGUGAUAUUUACCGUCUGAACAUCAAAAAGCCCUUAAAUCACAGUUUUCUGACGUUUGGAAAUUCAUCAUCUCUUUCCGUUUACUCCAGCAGCGGCAACAACGGGGUUGUCGUUAAGAAAAACGUUUCGUUACGGAAAAACUCUUCUCAGCGGUCGAAGCUUUGUAUAAUUUUAUAGUAUGCAUAAAUUACUUGAAAAACUGAAUAUAUGUGGCUCCUGGUGCAACGUGUCUUACACCUUGGAAGGAAAGUCGCCGCUUGCACGUGUUGGUCAUUCAACUCAUGCUGUGCGCAUGAAAUGUAGGAACACGGGCAACCGACCACUGGUUAUAAUGAUCGGGGGUGCAGAUGCUUCUGGAGUAUUUAAUGAAGCUUACAUUCUGGAUAUAAUAUCAUUUAUGUGGUACACUGUUGAUUUGGAACAGACAAUUGAUUUUCCAGGUUUGGGAAGGUAUGAACAUAGCAGUGCAAUUUUAAACAACCAGGAAUUAUUAAUAUUUGGUGGUGCAACGAAAACAAGUCCUUUGAGUCAACUACUCCGUCUACAAAUUCAUUGUCUAUCAACGCCAGAAAAUCCAUCAAUUUAUGAAAAGGACAGAAUCACUGCAAGCUUAACUCAAGAUCGCAUUCAUACUGAUAUUCAACAAUUCAUCUAUCAUCCUCGCACACAACACUCUUCUGUUUCACUAACUGAAUAUAAUCAACUCAUAGUAUUCUCUGGUGGGAAUGUUGGUAGUCAGCCAGUGUCAGAUGAUAAAGUUUAUAUGUAUGAUAGUGAAAUAAAUUCAUGGAACAUUAUACCAGUGGAAGGUUUACCACCUUGUUCACGAUUAGGUCAUUUAAUACUAUAUGAAUUUCCUUAUGAAUUAGCAAAUUCAAAUUAUGAACGUAUCCCAAAAGGUAAAAUGUAUAUACACGGUGGAAUGGUCAAUGAAAAACUACUUGAUGAUAUUUAUGUAUUAAAUUUUACUAAUCAAUCUGAUAAUAAUUUACACUUCAAAGGUAUAUGGAACAAACUAUAUCCGACUGAUAAAUUAUCACCACUCACUAUUAAUCAUGAUAAUGCGGAAAGUGAGCGUGAAUAUUUGGACCCAAAAUGUCUUGAACUUACACAGAUUCCAUCUCCAAGUCCACGUGCUGCUCAUGGCGGAACAAUUUUAACAAAUAAAAUUUAUGAACAGGAUACCAGUAAAAUAUUAAUAUUUGGUGGAUUGUCAUUAAAUGGAGCGUUGAAUGAUAUGUUCUGUUUUGAUACAAGUACUAGACAAUGGACUGAAAUUAAAUAUGAGACUUCUGUAUUACCGAGUCCACGUUUAGACUUUGCUUAUUGUACAUUCUCAUUAAUCGUUAAGAAGGAUACAAAAGAAAACUCACCGAUGAAAAUUAUAUUUAAAUCACCAAAAGAUAAUCAAUAUCACGAUGAUAUCGUUAAUACUGAUGAGCAUGAAGAUAACAAGGAUAAAGAUCAAUACUGUCAAGAGUAUUUAUUUAUUCACGGCGGUAUGGAUACUCAUGGUUCUGUGUUUGAUGAUUCUUAUCUUAUUCUACUAAGUGAAUAUCAACUUUCUAAUCCACUAAAUGCUCAAACAAUUAUCCACCGAAGUUCUUCACAUGGAAAAUGUUAAUACUUGUUUGCAGUAAAUAAAAUAUUAAUCUGCAAUACAUUAUAAAACCCUCAAUGCAUGAAAUUCCAAACGUCUAUAUGUAUUCCUACACAACUUCAGAAUAAUUAAAAUUUCAUAAAUAGCUUUUUUUUAAACUUUAGACAAUUGGAUGUUUCUGUUGACUAGGUAUUUAGGACAUAAUUCCAACUGGACAUUCUGUUCUAAAUAUGUAACUCAUUUUUUACCGUUCAUCUUUUUUAUUUAAAUAAAAUUAUUGAUUAUUCUACUCUU